AUGUAUAAAAUGGAGUAUUCAUACCUCAAUUCCUCUGCCUACGAGUCCUGUAUGGCCGGGAUGGACACAUCGAGCCUGGCGUCAGCCUACGCGGACUUCAGCUCGUGCAGUCAGGCCAGUGGCUUCCAAUACAACCCGAUCAGGACCACUUUUGGUGCCACCUCGGGAUGCCCAUCUCUGACCCCGGGAUCAUGCAGCCUGGGCACGCUACGGGACCACCAGAGCAGUCCGUACGCCGCAGUUCCCUACAAGCUCUUCACCGAUCACGGAGGCUUGAACGAGAAGAGGAAGCAGAGGCGGAUCCGCACCACCUUCACCAGCGCGCAACUCAAGGAGCUGGAGCGCGUUUUUGCGGAGACGCACUAUCCAGACAUUUACACCCGGGAGGAGCUCGCGUUAAAAAUCGAUCUCACCGAGGCCAGAGUACAGGUUUGGUUCCAGAACAGACGCGCAAAGUUCCGCAAGCAGGAGCGCGCAGCCGCAGCCGCAGCCGCAGCAGCCAAAAACGGCACUGGAAAGAAAUCAGACGCUCGAGAGGAGGACAGCAAAGAGUCAAAAGCCACCGACCCUGACAGCACAGGAGGCCCCGGGCCCAACCCGAACCCUAUAUCGACCUGCGGUGGUCCGAGUCCGACUGGCGGCUUACAGGUCAGCGCGAGCGGGAUCGGACCAGUCGAGCAGGUCAAGACGACGGUGGGUAGCAUGGGAGGCACAGCACCCAGUCAGGGCUGGCCAUCCGCCCCGGGCACCAUCACUUCAAUUCCGGACUCUCUGGGAGGACCGUUCGCCAGCGUGCUGUCAUCUUUACAGAGACAGAACGGAGCCAAAGCCACUUUAGUAAAGACCAGCAUGUUCUAAACCAAGAGGCCGAGAUGUCAAAGCAGAAAGAGAAAGACUGAUGAUGAUGAUGAUGAGAAAAAUCAAACGGACUGAUCACUGACUCUUCAAUGGAGGAAUGCCAAAAUAAUAAGGGAGACCCAUUUUCUCUGCUCUCUGCUGAAAAAUAAUAAAAUGUGGGGACCCAGCGCUGGUCUCCAUCAUCUGACUUCUUUCAAUAGCCAUUCGUUUACACAGCGAGCUGGAUGAUGAUGAUGAUGAUGAUGAUGAUCUCGUUCAGACUUUACCUUAGUC